GUCAAAGUGGAAACACCCGUAUGUACUCGCAGCUUUCUGUCCGGACUAUGGCUGUAUUAGGAGAACUGUCUGGACCGGUGCACAGCACACAGUGGAAAUAUGUCGGGAAGGAGAGAGCCCAGCGGAGGAACUUCGUUUAUUAAAUGUACACUUCAGACAUAAACUGACCGUUAAUUAGUCCGAGCGCGCGGUGGCGUUUUAGCCGAGUUAGCUGGGGCUACGUUACUAGCUAUACCUCGGGAGCGGGCCAGUCAGGAGCGAAUGGACGGAUAAAGACAGGCAGCCGGGGAUUGAUCAGAAGAAAGGCUAGCAGGCAGGUAGACGGUCGGGGGGAGACAGCGUGUGCGUGCUCAAGACAAGACGGGGUAGUUGCUUGCUAGGGGAUGUUAUCCGUACUGUCUUAUGGCAGACUGGUAGCCAGGGCUGUCCUGGGCGGACUCUCUCAGACGGACGGUCGGGACUACAGCCUGAUCACCGCCAGUUAUGGCUUCGGUAAAGACUUUCGCAAAGGGAUCCUGAAGAAAGGGAUGUGCUACGGAGAUGACGCCUGCUUCAUUGCGCGGAACAAGAACGCCGAUGUUUUGGGUGUUGCAGAUGGCGUUGGUGGUUGGCGUGACUAUGGUGUCGACCCGUCUCAGUUCUCCACCACAUUAAUGAGAACCUGUGAGCGACUGGUGAAGGAGGGGCGCUUUACUCCCAGUAGUCCAGUGGGUAUCCUGACCUCUGGCUACUAUGAGCUUCUACAGAAUAAAGUUCCCCUGCUAGGGAGCAGCACAGCCUGUAUUGUGGUUCUGGACCGACGGAGUCACCGGCUACACACGUGUAACCUCGGUGACUCGGGUUUCCUGGUGGUUCGGGGAGGAGAGGUGGUCCAUCGCUCAGACGAGCAACAGCACUAUUUUAACACGCCCUUCCAGCUGUCAAUCGCUCCCCCUGGAGCUGAAGGGGUGGUGCUCAGCGACAGUCCUGAAGCAGCUGACAGCUCCUCCUUCGAUGUGCAACUUGGUGACAUCAUCUUGACGGCAACAGACGGCCUUUUUGACAACAUGCCAGACUACAUGAUUCUUCAGGAGCUCAAAAAACUCAAGACUACCAACUAUGACAGCAUCCUGCAGACUGCACAGAGUAUUGCAAGGCAAGCUCACAACCUUGCCUACGACCCCAAUUAUAUGUCCCCUUUUGCACAGUUUGCGUGUGACAAUGGCCUGAAUGUAAGGGGAGGGAAGCCAGAUGAUAUCACGGUGCUGCUGUCCAUUGUGGCUGAAUAUGCAGACUAAAAGUCUCUCUCUCUCGCUCUCUCUCUGGGGCUGAUCUUUCCUUCCCCAUCUGCCUGAGUCUUCCACCUGCAGCCUUCCCAAAAAUGCACUGCAUCCUUUGGGCUAACACUGGGGGCCCACCAACAUGACACACUCCUCGCUGCGAGAUUUCCACCCGUGUCCAUGUUUUCUUUCUCUGUUUUUUUGUGUGUUGAAAACGGUUGAGUGGGAAGCAGAUAGCUAGGACAUUGUCAUGUUGAGCAUGAUGGAGAAGGAGUUGAGUACGACAGGCUGAGGGAUGCCUUUCAGUGUCCCGUGUCUCAUUGUGUGGCAGCAACACUUUUUUUAAUAGAGGAGGUGACUGAGAGACAGUUCAGAGCCUUCAGUCAAACAGUUUGGAUUGAUUGAGGGCUUUAAAACCUGGUAGCCCUUGUGUACAAAAUGUGAUAUCAUAAGUGAAGUAUUCCAAGAUUUUGGAUUCUUGGGAGAGUGGUGAUAGAGUUGACUGUUGAACCCAGCUAGCUGUCUCUGUUGUUCCAGUUAUUAGUCUGUUCCUUAUUGUAAAUGUGAUCGAACAAAGCAUAUAGAUGGACUGAGGAAGCUGAUGUUGGGAUUUAAGAAUUGGGUUUGGGACUUUAAAUGAUUGAAGAGCUGACAAGUAAUUGCUCAUAUCAAAGAAACAUGUAAAGGGGAAACCAUAAUGAUUGUUAGAGCUUACAUCUGAAGGUGAAUCUGUUUUUGUCACUUGGCUGGAGGAUCUGUUGGUGCGCACAUCCCAAUAAGUUGUAAAUAAAUUUGUGUUUUUAGGGCUUUGUUUGGGCCUUUCUGUUGUCUUUGCAUUGGUUCUUGGAGCAAAGAGCUAUUUUGUUACUAUUGUUGAUGGUGUAUAGACUGGGUAAACCCCGCCCACUCUCCCGGCGAUUUGAUUUCACCCUGCAGCUUGGUCUGGAAACCUGCACAUGUAAUUCUCCUGCUUCAUUUCACAAUUUUGCAGGAACCAAUCACAAACUGGCGAUAGAGAAGCGACCAAGCAGCUUCUUGUUUACAUUCAACAUAGCGGCCACCGAAGCGCAGCAACCCGUUGAUGCCGCUGGCUCUUUUACGUCACCCGGAUCGUUGGUCUGAUUGGUUUAAGGACUAUCCGAUUGCGUACAGUCAUUUGAACUAUGCCUGUUGGUCACACCUCUUGUGCAGAGAAAAUACAGAGUAGACUCCCCAGUCCAAAGCUCAAUCUCAAACCUAUUGAGCUCGGCUUGGUCUGGUAAUAACCAGACUAGAUGGUGUACACAUGCAGUCAUAAAUAUAUUUUCUUGAAUAGAUGUUAAUCAUGAAGUGAGCUUAAUCAAUCCCACACUUCCACUCGCUGAAACGAACAAGAUCUUUGCUGAGAUUGAUCGCUGCAACAGUUGUGUGGUGGAACGGAUGUUAAAAACGUGCGAGUGUGGUAUGCAUGUGAGAAGUGAUUAUUAGAAUGUGUUGUGUUUUUAAUGUUAAUUAUUUAUCUCAAAAAGCUAAAGCUAGCAUCUGGGAAUGUGUACAAUUCAAUGAUAGGUCAGGAAUGAGUUUAAAGGAAAAGAUUUAUAUAUUUUUUAACGUUCUUUAGUUUUAAAAGUAAGAAUUUG